AUGGAGAGUCAAUCACUGAAAACCAUUGAAGACGACAGCUUUUUUGUCGUCAAUGAAAUUUGUGUGAAAAAACUUGGACACAUACCUAUACUCUCGGGAAAUUUCGAUCAACUACCUCGUCAUGUCCAGAAAUUUGUCGCUGAAAAAGUGCAAUUAAUGAAUCCUCGUGGUAUUCAUAUAUGUGAUGGUUCACAGCACGAGGCUGAUGAAAUUAUCCAUAAACUUGUUGAACGUGGAAUGUUAACAAAACUUAAAGCGUAUGAAAACAAUUAUUUAUGUCGGACUGAUCCUAAGGAUGUUGCUCGAGUGGAAGGUAAAACAUGGAUGGUAACACCCGACAAAUAUCAAACAGUAUGUCAUGUUGCUGAUGGCGCUGAACCAUUGAUGGGCCAUUGGAUGUCACCUGAAAUAUUUGGGAACGAACUGGAUUCUCGUUUUCCAGGAUGUAUGGCUGGUCGAACAAUGUUUGUAAUACCAUUUUCGAUGGGACCGAUCGGUGGUUCCUUAUCAAAAAUUGGUGUUCAAUUAACAGAUUCGAAUUAUGUAAUGUUGUGUAUGAGAAUAAUGACACGAGUAUCACCUGCGGUAUGGGAAGCUCUUGGUGAGAAUGAUUUUGUGCGAUGCAUUCAUUCCGUUGGACUACCGAGACCUGUCAAACAGAAAGUUAUAAAUCAUUGGCCAUGCAAUCCGGAGCGUGUCUUAAUAGCACAUAGGCCUGCUGAUCGAGAAAUUUGGUCAUUUGGAUCGGGUUAUGGUGGUAAUUCUUUGCUAGGGAAGAAAUGCUUUGCGCUAAGAAUCGCUUCAAACAUCGCUCAUGAUGAAGGGUGGCUUGCUGAACAUAUGCUUAUCAUGGGAGUAACACCACCAAAUGGCAAGGAAUAUUUCAUUGCUGCAGCGUUUCCAUCUGCAUGCGGUAAAACGAAUUUAGCUAUGCUUCAGCCUGAAUUACCUGGAUGGAAAGUUAGAUGUGUCGGUGACGAUAUUGCUUGGAUGAAAUUUGGUACUGACGGUCGACUAUAUGGUAUCAAUCCUGAAGCUGGUUUCUUUGGUGUUGCACCAGGUACAUCAAUGAAAACGAAUCCUAUGGCUAUGGCUUCUUUCCAAAAAAAUAGUAUUUUCACCAAUGUUGCUGAAACUGCUAAUGGAGAGUAUUUCUGGGAAGGACUCGAAGACGAAAUUAAAGACAAAUAUGUGGACAUAACUGAUUGGCUAGGAAAUUUAUGGCAUAUUGGCGAUAAGACACCUGCGGCGCAUCCGAACUCGCGUUUCACUUGUCCUGCUAAACAAUGUCCAAUUAUCCAUCCGGACUGGGAAUCCCCGCACGGUGUGCCUAUUGAUGCAUUUAUAUUUGGUGGCAGAAGACCUGAAGGUGUACCACUGAUUUUCGAAACUUUCUCUUGGACCCAUGGAAUUUUCACUGGAGCAUGUUUGAAAUCGGAAGCAACAGCAGCUGCUGAAUUUAAAGCCAAGGUUGUUAUGCAUGACCCAAUGGCUAUGCGGCCUUUCAUGGGUUAUAACUUUGGUAAAUACCUUCAGCACUGGAUUUCUCUGAAUAAGGACAACCGUAAGGUACCAAAAAUUUAUCAUGUGAACUGGUUCCGUAAAGGGAAAGAUGGGCAGUUUUUGUGGCCUGGAUAUGGUGAAAAUAUUCGUGUAAUUGACUGGAUCCUUCGUCGCUUGGACGGUGACAAAUCGAUUGCCAAAGAAACACCUAUUGGCUAUGUACCCACACCUGAAUCGAUAAAUCUUCAAGGCCUUAAAAAUAUUAAAAUCGAUGAAUUAAUGAGUGUUCCGUUGGACUACUGGCGUGAGGAUGCUAAAGAAGUUCGACACUUCUUCGAAGAGCAGGUUGGUUCAGAUCUUCCAAAUGAAAUACGAAAAGAAUUAGAUGCACAAGAAAAACGAAUCUUCCAUGGCGCUUCAUAG